UCAGUAUAGUCCAAGCAUAAAUGUGACCUUUUUUUUCUCCGACUUUCCUUCUCAACUCCAUAUAUGCCCAUUCUCUCAAUACAAAAAUCUCUCUACUCAUUACAAAAUCUUGUAGUUUCUCUUACUUAAAAUAAAAUGUUCAGUUUUCUUACAUUCUUCUGCUUUAUGAUUUCCUUCUCAAUUCUUGCUUCAUCUGAACUUGAUGAAUUCACUUUUACAACAUUCAAUGUACCAAAUACUAACAACAACAUAACCUUGAGUGGAGUAGCAAAAAUAGGCCAAAAUGGUUUUCUUCAAUUAACCAAUGACACAAAUAGACAAAUGGGCCAUGCUUUUUAUUCUUCACCUUUCCACUUCAAGAACUCCAGUAAUUCCUCUGCCUCCUCUUUUUCGACGUGUUUCGCGUUGGCCAUAGUCCCCCAGUAUCCAAAACUCGGGGGCCAUGGCCUAGCGUUCACGAUUUCCCCCUCAAAUGACUUCAGUACAGCUCUUCCUAGCCAGUACUUAGGCCUGUUAAAUGCUAGUGAUAUUGGUAAUUUCUCUAACCACAUUUUUGCUGUUGAAUUUGAUACAGUACGAGAUUUUGAGUUUGGGGACAUUAAUGAUAACCAUGUUGGUGUUAAUAUUAACAGUUUACAGUCCAAUAAGUCUGCUGCAGCUGCCUACUUCAAUGAUGAUGAUAAAAAACAAGAUAUGGAUCUUAAAAGUGGGAAAGUUAUUCUUGCUUGGGUAGAAUAUGAUUCUGUUACAAAAUUAGUUAAUGUUACCCUUUCACCAAAUUCUUUAAAACCCAAAAUUCCUCUUUUGUCCUUUCAUUUAGACCUUUCUCCAAUUCUCAAAGAAAAAAUGUAUGUUGGCUUCUCUGCUUCUGCUGGUUUGCUUGCUAGUUCACAUUAUAUUUUAGGUUGGAGUUUUAAGUUAAAUGGAGAAGCCAAAUUUCUUGACUUGGAUUCAUUGCCAUCACUUCCUGGACCUAAGAAGAAACACACUGAAUUAAUUAUAGUUGUAUCAAUUAUAGCGGUUGUUUUCGCGUUAAGUGCGAUACUGGUUGCUAUUUAUUUAAUAUGGAGAUUCAAGAAUGCUGAUGUGAUAGAGCCUUGGGAGCUUGAGAUUGGUCCUCAUAGAUACUCUUACCUAGAACUCAAGAAAGCUACUAGAGGUUUUAAGGAAAGUGAACUACUCGGGCGUGGUGGCUUUGGCAAAGUCUACAAGGGUAUUUUAGGUAAAUCAAAAGCACAAAUCGCUGUAAAACGCAUUUCCCAUGAAUCUAAACAAGGGUUGCGAGAAUUUGUGUCUGAAAUUGCUAGCAUUGGAAGACUCCGUCAUAGGAAUUUGGUUCAAUUGUUAGGGUGGUGCAGACGUCGUGGUGAUUUGUUGCUUGUAUAUGAAUUUAUGCCCAAUGGAAGCUUGGAUAAAUUUUUGUUUGAUCGACCCAAAAUUGUGUUAACUUGGGAACAAAGGCUCAAUAUCAUCAAAGGGAUUGCUUCGGGUUUAUUGUACUUACAUGAAGGUUAUGAACAAGUCGUGGUACAUCGAGACAUCAAGGCUAGUAAUGUGCUACUAGAUGGUGAAUUGAACGGUAAACUUGGAGAUUUUGGACUAGCAAGAUUAUAUGACCAUGGUUCAAAUCCGUCCACGACUAGGGUGGUAGGUACAUUAGGGUACCUUUCACCGGAAUUAUCAAGAACGGGAUGGGCCACAUCAUCAUCUGAUGUGUUCGCCUUUGGUGCUUUUUUACUCGAGGUUGUCUGUGGUCGUAGGCCAAUUGAACAAAAGGCAAGACCUGAGGAGUUCGUUCUAGAGGAUUUGGUGUGGGAUAAAUUGGGAGAAGGGAAAAUUCUUGAUGUUGUGGACUGCCGAUUGAAAGGCGAAUUCAAUGAGAGUGAGGUUUUAAUGGUGUUAAAAUUGGGGCUGAUGUGCUCAAAUAACCAGCCACUGGCGCGACCGAGCAUUAGGCAAGUGAUAAGAUACUUGGAAGGUGAAAUUGUGAUGCCUGAGGCUCCAAUGGCCCGAGGUUCGGAUGAUAUUGAAGGAUUAGGAUUCGACGAAAAUGAACUCUGGAAUUCUUUAGGAUCAACUAAUAGUAUAUAGUCAAGUUCAUUUACAUGUUUGUCUAAUGGAGAUGGAUGGUAAUUUUGUUUCUUUGCUACUUCACCACUUCUACUUCUAUAUAAUGGUGAAGUACCUAGCUACUGAUCUGAACUAGCAUACAAAUGUUCUCUUUAUUUUUCCAGGAACAUAACACUACAUUUUUUUCCUUUGCUUAGUCUUUCCUCUCUGUAUCAAUUCUACUCUAUAAAGGUUCAGUUGCAUAAUCUAAAGUCUCUUCAGUUGAACAAUGGAUAAAGAUUGAUGUAA